UGAGUGACUGAGUGUGUGUGAGUGUGGGUGUGAAGAGUGCUAGUUGGGAUUUAUCUAUGACAAAGGGCUGAAUCUAGUUUUUCUUCAGAGUAAUUCCAGAGAGGAAGCACUCGUUUCGGUAAGUGGAGUGAAAGAGCAGGAAAUGAAAGACCCAACUCAAGUCCGUCAACCAGUGAAUAUUUUACUCGUUAAUGCUUCAUAGUUGCUUGCAAAGUCCACAAUCUGUCAACAGAAGCUGUGAACUUUCGGUCAGCCUUCAUCAAGGCUCGAAAAUUGUGCACCGAAGUUUGUUACGAGCUCCAGUAAAGUUGUCAGAACAGCUUCGCGAAAAAUCACCCCGAGCCACCAAGUACAAACCAUUUUCGUUUUGUGGGUAUCGAGGAUCGUAGCGAACUGCACACGGGAGUGUAGUAAAGUUCCGGGAGAUAAGCAGUAGAUAUGUAGAGCAAAACUCACGUGUACAUGUUCGGAGACAGGGAGUGCAGGGUGUGCGUUGGUCAAAGAAUACUGCUUUUGUUCUGCGGUGGCGGAGCCAGCCACCUCCACGGCAGCCGUGAAGUUUAGCCUCUCUGCUUGCCGUUCCCGCAUUUUUCAUGAUUCAUUGGUCUCUUGUACUUCCUACGUUGCCUGACUCCCCCUGGAGCUCACGACCAGUCGCCGUGCAGAUCCUCAUCACUCCCCAUCAUAGCCUUUGUUCUCACUAGCUCCGGAAGCUUGUACGCACAGUCCUGGUGAUUUGGAGCACAUGUGUCGAGUCGAAUCGAGUCGAGGUUCAACUAGCUCCAGCUUCGUCUGUGAGUUGGAACAGUAAUUGGCUAUUGUUUUGGUGUUUGGAGUGUGACGAUGGUUUAGACCGGGGAAGAUUUGAGUGGUGUAGGGGUUGCAGUUGCGGGUAUCUGUGCUCGGCGGGGAUUGAGUUGGUUGGAAGAAAAUGUAGAGUGUGGCGACUGUGGUUUAACUUUGCUGGCGGUUUCGGCGACAUUUAUUAGUGGGGGUUUUUGUUAAAAAGGGGUUCGCGAAUUCGUGUGGAGGAAUUUCAGGUGAAGAGUGCUUGUGCGACAUUGUGUGCGUCUACGAUCGCGUUACGCGUGACGCAGCAGUCGGAGACACGGUUUGCGGCUGCUGAAUGCAGGAAGGAUGUGGCUUUUCGUUGUGAAACCUGCCGUCGAUACCCGCUAGUUAUGCUGGUAUUUCACGGAGUAGUAUCUUUCGGUCGGAGAUAUACCUCAAUCCUAAUGCUGCAGUUCUUCAUUCUUCUCCAAUUGUUUGUCGUGUUGGUAAAGUUUACAACCUGUUUUCCUUGAGGAACCUCCGAACCUUGCGUGGAUUACGAAAUCGCAUUCUGGUGAUCAGCAUAUCUAAUUGUCCUCUACAAGUUGAUAACGGUUUACAGCGAAAGAGUUAGCUACAUUGUGACAUGAAUAGUUUAGACACCUUGUAAUGGAAGCCGAGGAACUCGGUGGUUCAGAGACAGAGCAGUGUUACUAGUUUGCUGUGCGGAUCACGGGGAUGUAGGUGGGAAGCGCACCCUUUUGAAAUUCAAGUUGAUAUCGAAGUGGUUUUUUAUUUAUUUUAAAUUACACAUAAUUCCUGCAUUGCUAUGAUUACAUCGUCUUCACUUUCUGAGACAUGUUCGAUAAAGAGGUUCUAGGACAUUACCCAUUAGUAUUUCGCAUGGCUUGUGCUUUUCACUUUUUCGAUUCUGCUUGGUUGGAUGUUAUAUUUCAUACUGCAUUAUGGGUAGUUUAUUUAAGCUACAUAGUAUACUCUGCGGUCUGUACUGUCUUUAUCCUCUUGUUUCAUAGAUGUUUCACGCAUUUGGUAACUUUUUCCACUUGUUUUUGUUGCUUCUGUACCUCAGAGCAGCUUUUGACCUGCUUGUCACAUUUCUGUACCUGAGAGUUCCUCCUUACCUGCUUGUCAUGCUUCUUUACUUGAGGCUGUCUCUUACAGCAGUCAUAUUACGUAAGUUCUACAGUGUCUCUUAGUCAUUUGCAAGCUGAGAAAUAUGUUGCAGAUAUUUAUAAUGAGCAUUCAGUGAUGCGUCCUUUCAAAGCCACUCGGUAGAUUUUCUGUAAUGAAUACUUCUGGUGUCUUAUGUUACUUGUACAUCAAGUGGUGAUAUAAAUACAGAAGUCUCAGAUCGGAUAUAAAGGGAAUAGGUGAUGCUCCCUCGGAAACCUGCGUGUGGAUUCCAGUUAUUAAGCGCUUCUAAAGGUUAACAGAACCCCUGGUGGGUAUUUUCAGUGACUUCUCAUUUCCUCAUCCCCUGCACUUUUAGUCAUGAAUUCCACGAGGUAAAGCAUAAUCAUAUCAUACCCUUAGCAGGUGAUUUUCUGUUACCUCCAAAUACGACCCCCUAUAUCCGGAUUGUUUUUUAAAGAAUUUCGUGUAUCAAACACUUACUCAAUGAAUAUAUGAGCAGUUUUCGUUGAAGAUUCAUGUAAAGGUCAUCAACGAUGUGGAGUAUUCUAGUCAAUUGCAGUUAUGAUCGCUAGACAAAGGGACCUUCCCCUCUUUUUGGGCGUUGAUUCAUGUGGAUUGAGCUGCAAUCUUCCCUCUAGUUUUUGGUACCGCAGGUUUAUAUUGUGUAGUGCUUCCUUCUGGUCCUUCAAUUGCGGCUUUGCAACAUCUUAAGAGUUCACAAGAGUAUGUGGAUGGUAUAUAAUUGCAUUUGAUGCAGAAAGAUGGGGAAGAAAGGAAAGUGGCUUGCUUCUGUCAAAAAUGCUUUCAAAUCUCCAAUCAGGGCUGGAGAUGAUGAAGAAUCUGAGUCCAAAGAUAUGAAUCUUUUCGGUGAUACACGUCCUGUGGCAGUGAUUCCGGACAAGCCAAAACGCAAGGCACGACGGUGGAGUUAUGGCAAGGUAGCCCUUUCGGAAGACAAGGAGCCUGACAUAAAAGAGGUUGUCACCCAAACGGAAACGUCGGUUCAGUCCAAUAGCAAAUUUACGAUGUUCAUGUAUCCAUCUCAAGAGGAAUGGGCAGCAGUGAUUGUUCAAACUGCUUUCCGAGGUCACCUGGCAAGAAGAACUUUACGUGCUUUGAGGGGUUUGGUCAGACUUCAGGCUUUUGUUCGAAGCCGCAGAGUGAUGCGGCAGGCAAAUACCACAAUGAGAACUGUACAAGCCAUUACUCGCGUUCAGGGCAGGCUUAGGACUCAUCAAGCUCGUAUGUCCGAGGACGGCCUGGCUGUGCAGCAUCAGGUGUGGCAGAAGAGCCAGCCAAUAAUCAGAAAAGAGUCGGAAUGGUUGACUGAAACGGGUUGGAACGAUAGCAAUUUAAGCGCUCAGCAGAUUGAGGCUAAAGAACAAGAGAGGCAAGUAGCGGCGCUCAAAAGAGAAAGAGCCAUGGCUUACGCACGAACACAGCAGCAGCUCCGACGGGCAGGACCAAAGCAGGUCGUACCUCUCUUCAUCGAAUGCGAACCCGACAAGCCUCACUGGCGUUGGAGCUACGUGGAACGGUGGACAGCAGCAAGACCAUGGCAGAAUCGCAUGUUUGAGAUUCCUCCAGCUUUCAAGGACGUCCCCGAUGAUCAAACAUCCAAGAGUGUUGACGUAAAUGCUGCGAGGAAGGUCCCAAAACGCAUGAGUCUAGCGGUGUCGCCUCAAGUCCGCGCCAGCUGCAACGAUUUCGCGAAUGCACAUCCCAAAGCUCACACGGGUGCGCUUAGAACCUCACAGGUGCUCAACAGUCGAGGAACACCUCAUAGAUCCAAGUCCGGAGCCGGCAGUCCAAGAAGCAGAUGUAGCAGUGACCAUCUCGACGACCGUGGGGGAUCCGGAAGUGAGUUUUCAGCCACAGGUCGGUCCACAGCUAGCAUUUUGACGGACCCCAAGGACGGGACGCGCCACAGCAACACGAUUCAUGUUGGGAAUGGUGCCAUUGUUGAUGCGGAAGUGGAGCCCCUGCCUACUGUUGCAGGUCACCUCCAACAAACUCAAGGUGUGAAGAACAAGGCCGGUGCUCGGAGUCAGCCCAAGCCGAGGCUGACUGCACCGGGUGCGUUUAAGACUCCCGCCACCAUGAAGCGGCUGACUUAUCCCAAAAGGGAUCCACGCAACCUCAAACACUCUGCGCAGCCGGAUCCCAAGUCUGACAAGUCCAGUAGGUCCAAGGGCGGUGUGAUUCCUGGCUCUCACCAGCACAUCUAAUUGGUUUUAUGGAUCUGAAUAUUCACCUGAUGGAAGUCCUCUUUUUGGAUUUCGUUUUUAGUGGUGAAAUUGAGCACUUUUUAGGGUUUGCUUCUAGCUGAGCUGCUGUAGAAUCAGCAUUCGUCGAAAUGGUGCCCGAGGGUAGUGUCUUGGUAGUUUCGCUUAUUUCACUUCGUUCUGAGUAAAACUAUGUUGCGAAAUCCCCAGCCGGUUUCUAGAGCCAUAGUUCAGUAGAUGUACAGAAUAUCACCUUGUCCGUACUCCACCAAAUGCAUAAUUGCUCGAAAUGAAUCUACUUGUGUACACCUGGGCAAAUAUACACUGUCUUAUCAUGGAGGCUAA